AUGGCCAAACGACCCGCAGAGGAGAUCACGAACGGCGAAGAGGCCUAUCUCAAGCGUCAAAAGCUCACCAUAUCUCCAGCUGGACCCCCAAUUGAGAUUCAAUCCGGGAAGCAGCUGCGACAAGUUCUAGCAUUCGAUCAAAAUACUAGUCGCUCAAAGCUAGCAAUACAAUCCUUCAAAUUUUUCCUAGACGGCUUCGCUACAGCAGAGGGCGAGAAUGGCGGACGAAUUGCGAUUCUUAGAGAUUAUCUCGAGUUGGAGACGCCCUCGGACGAUUCAGACAAAGAUCAUGUCUUUCUGAACGACCUCAUGCAGGCGUGGGGCCUUGCGUGCUAUUCGAACGACGAAAACCUCCAGUCUGCCGUUCCCGCAGUCCUCGCGCUGCUAAUGAAGACCAUGUCCAAUAUUCUCGACCUUUCGGCCCAUGGAUUGAGACUGGGGCGAUCAGUAUUGCGCCAGAAGGUACCAAUAGCAAAGGGACUCGAGGCAAGGAAAGGGAAGGAUUUUGUGAUUUCUCCAGUACUGCGAUUACUCAGAGAGAUAACAGUUUUCGAUGGAGGAGCUCUUGCAAAGUCGGUUUGGUUUGCCAGAGACCAUUUCCUGAAGUACCUGGCUCGGAAUCUCUCGAUCAGAUAUCUCGGUGCUGGAGUUGAAGAUCCACGGAAACCAUCUGUACGGACGAACUCGCUUCGCUUCUUGGUGUCGUUGAUCAAAUUCCUCCCUCUGGACUUGAAAAGGGAUCUUCUCAACCAAAGGGAUAUUAUUUCGGCGAUGACCAAGGAUUUAAUUGACGACCCGGCCUAUAUGGUACGAGAUUUUCUGGAAACGGUGAAAUCUUCUAUACUGCUUGACGAGGGCCUGCCACGAGAAGCCAAGACGAAGAUUUUCAGUGCCACGGUGCUAGGACGAUUUGCGAAGCUAUAUCAGUAUGACCAAGCCGAGGAAGAGACAAAGCCACCUAAGAAACCUGUGUACCAAGUUGCCCAUGAAUUAUUGCUACUUGCUUGUACAUCUCCAAAGCUAGGAGUUCUGAUUUCCCAAUCAAGCUUGUAUCCUCGAGGCAUAAACCCUGACGAUACCCAUGCCCUUGAUCUCGAAGAAUCUUCCAUCGAUUUGGGUCUUGACAGCGUUGACUGGAUGGACAAGUUCAACGAAAAGGUACCUGUCCGGAAUACCAUCUUGUCGGAAUUUAUCCAAUCUCUUCGGCCCUGGUCCCAUAUAAAGCAAAGCGAGCUUUUGACAUCUAUUCUCAACUCGGCUCCUGAGCUAAUCGCAGAUUACUACCACGGCAAGAAGGAUUUCUCUUUCGACCCAAAACCUACGGCCACAUGGAUUGGCUACUCUGCUUUCAUCUUCACGACGUUACAACUUCCCAUACCCGUAUACUUUGGCCACCAAGAACGAUAUGCCAGACUUCCGCCACCCCCCUCGGUUGUCCUAGAAAGCAUUCUCCCUCAACCUUUAAGCCAGAAAAAUCUGACCAGAUGCCUUAACCUACCCAACAAUAAUCUAAUAACUUUCUUCGCCGUCAGAAUAUUAUGCGUUGUAUUCGGCAAGCUGCAAGAGGCUCUGAAAAUGUAUCGCGAAGCAGCUAACGGAUCGCCUUCAUCAUUGUGGGCACAAGCGGCGGAAGCGUUGACCGACGAGUUCUGCCGGAGAUGCCCCGCAGUUAAGGACGUGAUUUUGGCAUUCCGACGAUUGAAAGACACGGAUCUGAUGCAGAAGGAGGCAACGACGAAAUUACUUGUUCUUUACUACGAAGUUGUUCCCCGGAUCGCACUUGAUGCCAAGUUUGGCGUGUCCGCGGCGCUCGCAGGCAAUCUAAAGGCAAUGGAAGAUAACACCUUGGCCCCUGCCGACCGAGUACUUCGAGCGAUAGAACUGGAACACCUCUUUCAAUUCGCAAACUUCUCACCAGGCAUGCGAUGGUUCAGCAAAGUAGAAGGGCUCUCGGUCACUCCUUUCAUGGCUAUGCUAAAGCUUUCUGCGGAGGCUCCUGUAGAUCUGCCCAUGUUUAAGCUAAGAGCUGUGCUUGCGUCUGUGGUUAAGGAGAACCAGAUUUUGCAAACUCAGACAGCAAUUUCCGCGCUAGAUACAUUGGUACUGGGGCUGCGAACUCUUCACGAGCGGAACGCCUCCUCGGUUGUAUACAAUUUCCUCGACGAUUGCAUAUCUCGUUGUGCAAGCAAACCCAUUAAGUAUAUCUUUGCGUUGGAGGAAAUUUCCGCAGCGUCAGACCACGAGCAAGCGCCUGUCAGCUUGCUGUCUUUGGCUAUAGUCGAGCAAUGGCCUUUUCUUGCCAAGUCAGCAAGUAGGGCUGAACUAGAGGAGGUUGCGGAGCUUGUGGCUAGAUAUCUUGCAGCAUCCAUAAAGAUUCAAGAGGACAAGGUCGUGCUCAAGCUGUUGGUUAAGAAAAUUGCUAAAGCAUCACCUGAAGAAUCGCAAGUCCGCAAAAUCAUCGAGCAGUCUCGAAAAUUGGUUGACAACGUGGCUGUUGCAGAGAAGAGCACCAAAUAUAUGGAGCUCAAGGCCGACCCUGCCAGCAACGUCUGUGCAGACAAAGAAAAGAUGGAGGUGUUGGCAAAAAUGGACGACAAAUCUGCAAAUCCGGCCGAAGACCACAAGGCGCUGACCAAGUGGACGACCAAAGAGAUAGAUGAGGUGGUCGAUGGAGGACACUCAGCAGCGCUGAUCAUGCUCCUAUCAUCAGAGCACCUGAGCGUGCGGAAGGAAGCCCUGACAAACAUUUCUAAAGUUGCCGCGAAGCUGGACGAGUCAACGCUAGACGAGAAAAAACAACUCUGGCUACUGCUGAACGAAGUGGUGGAGACAGCGAAGAAGAUUAUCGACCAGGAGCCUAUGCCAACCGCCAUAUCAGCAUUCGCAUCGCAUUCGAUAGCCGUUCUCAACGAUCCCUUGCACAUAAUGUACGGAAAGGUGAAUCUGUUCCUGUCACAGGGCCCGACGUGGGAUCUUGAUAAGCUGCCGCUGAUGCACAAGAUUCUCGAUCAUGCGCCAAAAGUAGAUGAUGCGCAUUCUGAGGAAACAGCCUGGUUCUUGAAUUACAUUCUUGCUGGACUCCAGACUAGCGCAGAUAUGGGACUGUAUCGAAAGAGGCAGGUUUUUGAAAAGCUCUUGUCGUUAUACAGCAGUAGUUAUCUCGGCGCAGGUCUGCGCGACAAGAUCCUCCGGAUCUUUUUCCGGGCCACGAGAAUUGAAGGAGGAAGUUCGACGCUCGUAACCAGGUUUAGUGCGAUGACUUGGCUGGAAGCGCAGGUUUCGCUCGGAGGCGGAAUGCCGUUGAAGGUGUUGAUCGAUAAGAUAUUGGAGUCCUGUGACCAGAAGCGAGUGAAGAAAUGGAGUAAAGGCGCAAAGAAAGGAAAGGCACAAGUACAAAGGUUUUAA